GCUCCCGGGCCUCGCCCUCUUCCCCCGGCCCCGGCUUCGGCUCUUCUUGGUCCACGCGUGUUUAGCUUCGCGCUCCGGGCUUCGACCUCUCCCCAUCUGGCGCCGCUCCCACAGCCCGGCGCGACCUCCCUUCAUGACACCCGGCUGAGGGUCGGCGAUGGAGGGAGAUUGUGCCGAGUCUCUGGUUACUAUUAAGAAUAUUGAACGAGAGCUCAUCUGCCCAGCAUGCAAGGAGCUGUUUACCCAUCCGUUGAUCCUUCCCUGUCAACACAGUAUCUGUCAUAAAUGUGUUAAAGAACUUCUUUUACUGACACUUGAUGAUUCAUUUAAUGAUGUGGCAUCAGAGAGCUCCUGUCAAAGUAGCCCUAGACUUCGGGUCCAGUCUCCUAGUAUGGAUAAAAUUGACAGAAUUAACAGAGCAGGAAUGAUCAAUUAUUCAGGCUGGAAACGCAACUCAUUGACUCCUAGGACGACCACUUUUCCUUGUCCUGGUUGUGAGCAUGAUAUUGACCUGGGAGAGCGUGGAAUCAAUGGUUUGUUUCGAAAUUUCACUUUGGAAACGAUUGUGGAAAGAUACCGACAGGCAGCUAGGGCAGCUACGGCCAUUAUGUGUGACCUCUGCAAACCUCCACCUCAAGAAUCCACUAAAAGUUGCAUGGACUGCAGUGCAAGCUACUGUAAUGAAUGCUUCAAAAUAUAUCAUCCUUGGGGCACUGUAAAAGCUCAGCAUGAGUAUGUAGGCCCAACCACUAAUUUUAGACCUAAGAUUUUAAUGUGCCCAGAACAUGAAAUGGAGAGAGUAAACAUGUACUGUGAAUUAUGUAGAAGACCAGUUUGCCAUCUCUGUAAGUUAGGUGGUAAUCAUUCAAACCAUCGGGUAACCACCAUUAGCAGUGCCUAUAAAACCUUAAAGGAAAAGCUUUCAAAGGACAUUGAUUACCUUAUUGGCAAGGAGAGCCAAGUUAAAAGCCAGAUAUCAGAAUUGAACUUGCUAAUGAAAGAAACAGAGUGCAACGGAGAGAGGGCUAAAGAAGAAGCAACUUCACAUUUUGACAAACUCUUUGAAGUUCUGGAGGAGAAGAAAUCUUCUAUUAUCAAAGCAAUUGAUGUUUCAAAGAAAUUAAGAUUAGACAAGUUACAGACGCAAAUGGAAGAGUAUCAGGGACUUUUGGAAAAUAAUGGGCUUGUAGGAUAUGCUCAAGAAGUGCUUAAAGAGACAGAUCAGUCUUGCUUUGUUCAAACGGCAAAACAACUGCACCUCAGAAUCCAAAAAGCUACUGAGUCUUUAAAGACCUUCAGGCCAGCAGCUCAGACAUCUUUUGAAGACUAUGUUGUUGAUGCAUCUAAACAAGAAGAGCUUCUUGGAGAAUUAGCUUUUUUCUCUAAUGGUGUAGAUAUACCAGAGAUCAACGAAGAACAAAGCAAAAUAUAUAAUAAAGCCUUGAUAUGCUGGCAUCAUCCCGAAAAGAAGAAUAAAGCUGAUAGUUAUAUUCUUGAAUAUCGAAAGAUUAGUAGAGAAGAAGAAAUGUUAACAUGGAAUGAGAUAGAGGUCCAUAGCACCAACAAAGUAAUUUCUGAUCUUGAAAGUAACAGUAGCUAUGCCUUCAGAGUGAGAGGAUAUAAAGGUUCUGUCUGUAGUCCUUGCAGCAGAGAAGUUACUUUCCAUACUCCUCCAGCACCAGUUUUUAGUUUUCUCUUUGAUGAAAAAUGUGGAUAUAACAAUGAACAUCUGUUGCUGAAUCUAAAAAGAGACCGUGUGGAUAGUAGAGCUGGAUUUUCUCUUCUGCUUGCUGCUGAACGUAUCCAAGUGGGUUGUUACACAAGCUUAGAUUAUAUUUUCGGAGACACUGGAAUCACCAAAGGAAAACACUUUUGGGCCUUACGUGUGGAACCAUAUUCAUACAUGGUUAAAGUGGGAGUUGCUUCCAAUGAUAAACUACAAGAAUGGCUCCAUAAUCCUCGUGAUAUAAGUAGCCCGAGAUAUGAGCAAGAUAGCGGUCAUGACAGUGGAAGUGAAGAUACCUGCUUUGACUCAGCACAACCCUUUACAUUAGUUACUGUAGGCAUGAAGAAAUUUUUUGUUCCCAAGUCACCUACUUCUUCCAGUGAACCUGAAAACAGAGUUCUUCCCAUGCCAACAUGUAUAGGAAUUUUCCUCGACUAUGAUAAAGGCAAAGUUGGGUUCUAUGAUGCAGAUCACAUGAAAUGCCUUUAUGAGCGCCAAGUGGACUGCUCAGGUGCAAUGUAUCCUGCAUUUGCAUUAAUGGGAAGUGGAGGAAUUCAGCUUGAAGAGCCCAUCGCGGCAAAGUAUCUGGAAUACCAAAAUGACAUGUAGUACAGAGAUCUACUGAUGCUGCUUAGGAUGAGAAAUGUGAGCAUAAGGAUGCCUUAGCAUUAACUCAUUAUAAUUACAUAAUCUCCUAAAUGCUUUUGCCAUGCUUGUUUUGUGUGUAUGUGUGUUUUCCUUAAAACACAGAAAAAACCAAAAUAGUUUUUUCUCCCAUCUUAAUUAUUCUGCAUUUCUUUGUGAUGGAGUUAAGGGCAUUUUUUCCUCAAGUUACUACUGAACUAGUUGGUUAGCAACUGAAUUUUCUUUGAUGAGUGUCUUUGUGAGUUGGAAAUAUGUAAUUUGUCAACUAGCAAUUUCAUCUAAAUUUUUUAUUCAAGAGAGAUCCCAUUUUAUGGAAUACUUUUGUUUGUUCUUCCUAUUUUAAAUCAUGUCUGUGUCCUAAGAAAGAUUAUUUUAAAAAAUAAUUUAUGGAGAGAAAUGAGUGUUAAACAGUAUCUCAUAUUUGUUUUUAAUAGGAAAAUAAAAUUUACAGACAUAAUGGACAAGGAGAAUAAAAAUGAUGGUAACAUACACAAAUAGGAAAGAAUGAAUUUUAAAAUGUUUUCUAAGCUAUUAAUAAUAUAGGAUGAUAGUGCUUGUUGUAUGUUCUUACUAUAGCUGAUUUUUUUUGAAAACCAAAUCCUCUAUAUUACAUAUAAAAUAAUAAUAUUUUAAAGGCUUUUCCUCCCUGGAAACAGAAGUAUUGUUUCCUAAACACUCUCACAUAUGGAAUUGUAAUAAACUUGGUUUCUUACUGAUGUUAAAAUUAAUUCAAAGGUGGAUGUUUUUCAGUCUCUGUAAUCCUUUAAAGUAAUUUAAAAUAGCUCUAAUUUAUGUUCUCUUUUAGGCAAACAUUGUAGUCUUGGGAGAAGAGGUUGAAUUUGUCUUCAGUAAAUAGUUUUAGCAUAUCUUAAUUCCAAGUGCACUGAUUUAAAUGAGAUAUUUGUUCUUUUUCCCUUAUGAUAUUUUGAGUAUUUAAUUUCAUUUAGUAUGGCUAUUACAUUUCAGUUUUUACUGGUUUAUGUGUUUGAAAGAUUCAUGCACAAGUGUAUUUUAUAAGUUUAUCUUUUAAAGCAUUAAAAAUAUUCUAAAACAUGUAAUAAUAGCUAAUGAUUUAAUUGUUUGGCAUUAUCUGUGUGUUGUUACUUGGUGUGGAUAAUAAAUCUUUUGCAAAGUAAGCAAGUAGAAGCAAAUGUUUGAAAUUGCAACUGAAAUGUAGCAUAUUUACUAUAUUUAUGUACUUUUAUUAAUAGUUGAAGGAAAUUAAUUGUAGGUAAGUUUAAACCACAAAACAAUUGUAUGCCCGAACUUGAUGUUCAAUUUUAAAGGAUGUGUCUACAUUAUUAUAUAAGGAUGAUACAGAUAUGGCAUUGGACCUUCAGUUUCAUUGAUAUAGGAAGCCCCCAGAUAAGAAAGCCUCCUCAACCAUAUAAGUGGGUACCCUCCCUACAACUUACUGUUUUAAGAGAGUUAGAAGUCUAGAGCACUGAGAAGUUAAGUGACUUGCUCAGAGUCACACAGCCAAAAAAAGUCAGUUAGGAAUUGAACCCAGUUCUUCCUAGCUUCAAAGACUGUCUCUUUAUCUACUAUGCCAUGCUGGCUUAUCAUCUUUAUUAUAUGGUUUCUAUAAAUAAUUGUGGCUUCUUUAUUAAGAUUAGGUAAUUAUGGAUGUCUAAAUUCUUGUCCCUUUAUUGAGAUGGAUGACAUUACAAUACUUUUUUGGCUCAUUUAAUAGAAUAGUUCCUCAAGCUUAUUACUCUUUCCGGUUUUAAACCGAAAAACCAGGUUAAAGUGUUUUUACAAAUACAGUUUAUUGUUCAAUUAUAGUACACUGUGGCCUGCAAGAAAUUCAGUAUUUGGGAGCAUUUGCUUACUUUCAUCUGAUAACAGCACUUUAAAACUUAGGCUAAGGUAAAAAAUGUAUGGUGGUGUGUGGAUUGUUGUACAAUAAAAUUAUUAAAGUAUCGUGUUGUUGAUUACAAAUUGAAUCACUCAAACCUUUGUAUGAGUAUAAAUCAUGUAGAUAUUCUUAAACUUAGAGAUUUUGACCAAAGUAGGAAAGUUUUAUUUGAAAG